CAACUGGUGGCCAAUCGACGCGGUGGGAAGAACCUCAUCUUCCAGGGGCACAUGUACUCCGUGGAACGCAAGUACCGAAAUAGCAUCAACUGGGUGUGUUCCAAGAACAGCAACAGCGUGCUCCGCUGCCCGGCGAGGUGUGUCACAAAUCGGGAAAGUAGCAACGACAUCAAGCUAAGUCACCGACGACACAAUCACCCGGCGGAUACCUUUAAGCCACAUUCGCGCUGUCAAAAGCGUCACGGGAAGCGCAAUAGCAAGUAACCAUGUUCGA